GAAGCUUACUCGGAUUUUUCGUUGAAAAGCCUUCCCGAAUACUGAAUAGAAGUGUGAAGUAAAAGUCAGCAGUAUGUCAGGAGCCGACGCCGGAGAUCACCGCGAGGAAGAGCAUGAAGUCGACGUUGAUGCACUUUAUAAGCCACCGCCGGAGAAAUCUAUCGAUGAAAUGCUCCAGCAGGAUACAAAUGACGAAUCAUUGAAGAAGUAUAAAGAAGCUCUCCUAGGAAAGGCUACUCAAGAGAAAAUCAUUCUCGAACCGGAAGACCCUCGAAAAGUCCUCGUGAAGAAGCUCGCACUUCUCGUGGAAGGGAGAAAUGACAUGGAGUUGGACCUUUCUGGAGAUAUUUCGAAGCUAAAGGAGCAGACACAAUGCAUUAAGGAAGGAGUUCACUACAAGAUCCGGAUCGACUUUAACGUGCAAAGAGAAAUUGUUCACGGGUUGAAGUACGUACAGAAAACCUAUCGGAAAGGCAUACAGGUUGACAAGAUGAAGCAGAUGGUGGGUAGUUAUGCACCGAGUCUGGAAAUGCAUUCCUUCACGACACCGGGCGAAGAAGCCCCAUCCGGCAUGGUGGCUCGUGGUCACUACACCGUAAAGUCGCUAUUCACGGAUGACGACAACAACGAGCACCUCAAGUGGGAGUGGUCCUUCGAGAUCAAGAAAGACUGGAAAUAAUUCCUUCCGAAGAAACAACCCCGAUUUCGUUUCGCAGAUAAAUCAGUUUCUCUUUCCACCCGCGACUUCGCGGUCAUUCAGAUGCCGAAUCCGUCUGCCAAAUGGUGGCCUUGCUUGUCUUUUCCAGGUGACACUUUCGGUGCUACUCUGAACGAAGAGCCCCGUUUCUGAAACGUCUUUCGGGAAUCUGGUUGUUAAUGUGGGGGGGACUUGCGAUGAGUGUUUUCUCGUCACGAACGAAGCGUGCCUGCAAAAUUUGUUUUUCAGCUUCUUUCACUCCAUAUUUUUUGAGAGAAAUAUCGCUUCUGAUCGCUUGGAAGUUUUCGACUUAGUGACUGCAUGUGCAGGAGUGAGUGGCUAUUCAUUGUUUUCCAGCUUAUGUUUUUAAAUAAGAUGUAUACCUUAUCGAUUCCUCCGGCUUGUGAUGCUCAAUCGUCAAUUCUGCGCCCAGCGAAUGAACUUCUCGGCUCAAGUGUUCCGUUUCUUUGAUCGACGUGUGUAAGAACACCGAAUUUUAUGAUUUCUGCUUCAGCAUCCGAGGAAAACUUCAAGAGAUUAUUCGAUUGCGACAAUCAGAAGAGAAAUCAUCCGUUGUCGUAAUAUUUAUGAAGUGCUUUUCAUGGUAGUUGUUCCAUUUUUGUUUUGCAUUGUUCGCUUUCUGCAUUUUUUUCUUGUGUGCUGUGAGUGAGUUGUACUGUUUUGACUAGAGCUUCCUGUCGCGUUUUUAUCCCCUUUUCUGAAUGCGGUAGAUGAAUUGAACAAGCGGGACUGCGAUCGAUUA